GCGAGGAGCUGUCUUUUCAGCACCCAGACCUCUGCCCUCCGAAGAAACCACCCGGCCCCCGCCCCGGUGCUCUGCCUUUUCUCCAGUUUGCGCGGGGGUGUGGGGGAGCAGGCGGAGAGCUUUCCUGGGAGGCUGGGGAAGCAGUGCACACUCUUCUCAGAGGCUCGCCUCCCAGCAGUGCUAUUUUUUGCCAUCCGCCCUCACCCCCAGCACACGCGCUCGCGCGCGCACACACGCGCGCACACACACACCAGACCUCUCUGGAUUUCUUUGCCUUGAGUCUCCUGGGGCUGUGAGGAGCCAGGCGCAUCUCAGAACGAGCCACAGCUCCAGGCUCAGAAGCCAUGCUCUGCACGAACCCUCCUCCUUACCAAGCUCCCCAGGAAUGAAAGGAACCCGGCGACCCUCUGAAAGCAGCCGUGAUGUGGACCAACCCCCUGGAGUCUGCACCCUCCCGAGGGCCGUAGACAACCCGAGGAACUGGAGAGAGCUCAAGACAGGAAAUCCCAGCUUUCCUAAAGUCCCUGUGGAUGUCGAAAAGAGGAGAUCUGAAUUUUGGGAAGAGCCUGUCUUAGGUCACCCAGCUGCAGAGUGAUUUUCCCCUCCGGCACUGCAUCUCCCCCUCUUACCCCCGGCCGUCCAGAGUACCAUGAAGAAUUAUGAGGAUGUGUGACAGAGGUAUCCAGAUGUUGAUCACCACCGUGGGAGCCUUCGCAGCUUUUAGUUUGAUGACCAUUGCAGUGGGCACGGACUACUGGUUAUAUUCCAGAGGCGUGUGCAGGACUAAAUCUACAAGUGAUAAUGAAACCAGCAGGAAGAAUGAAGAAGUAAUGACCCAUUCGGGGCUGUGGAGGACCUGCUGCCUAGAAGGGGCCUUCCGAGGUGUGUGCAAGAAAAUCGAUCACUUCCCUGAAGAUGCAGAUUAUGAACAGGACACAGCUGAGUAUCUCCUGCGAGCUGUGAGGGCCUCCAGCAUCUUCCCCAUCCUCAGUGUCACCCUGCUGUUCUUCGGCGGGCUCUGCGUGGCAGCCAGCGAGUUCCACCGCAGCAGACACAAUGUCAUCCUCAGUGCUGGCAUCUUCUUUGUCUCUGCAGGGCUAAGCAACAUUAUCGGCAUCAUAGUUUAUAUCUCAGCCAAUGCAGGAGACCCAGGCCAGCGGGACUCCAAGAAGAGCUACUCCUAUGGCUGGUCCUUCUAUUUCGGCGCCUUCUCUUUCAUCAUCGCGGAGAUCGUGGGUGUGGUGGCUGUGCACAUCUACAUUGAAAAACAUCAGCAGCUACGAGCCAAAUCCCACUCAGAGCUCCUGAAGAAAUCUACCUUUGCCCGCCUUCCACCCUACAGGUAUAGAUUCCGGAGGCGGUCGAGUUCGCGCUCCACUGAGCCUAGGUCCCGAGACCUGUCCCCCAUCAGCAAAGGCUUCCACACCAUCCCCUCUACCGACAUCUCCAUGUUCACCCUCUCCCGGGACCCCUCCAAGAUCACCAUGGGGACCCUCCUCAACUCUGACCGGGACCACGCUUUUCUACAGUUCCACAACUCCACAUCCAAAGAGUUCAAAGAGUCGCUGCAUAACAACCCAGCCAACAGACGCACCACGCCUGUCUGAGCUGACCUCUGACCUCUGACCUCUGCCCCACGCCCAGCACAGCCUUGAGGGAAGUGUCCACAGAUGUCUCUAAGGUUGCAUGGCAUGGUCCUCGUGAUGGUAUUACUUCUUGCAAAGAAUGAAACCAAAUGGACUCAGCUCUCUCCCACAUUGGUCCUGGACCCCAAGCCCCACACCUCCAUUCUUUCUAACUUUUCAAGCCAGUCCCUUAAAUGUCAUUCCUCCCUCUGUGUAUCUGUGCUAGAUGUUUUCCUUUCUUCCUUCUCUGCUGGAAGGACCUCCACAUUCUUCCCUCCUUGGAAGAGGACUUUACUAGAAGUCACCGGUGAUGGCCGGGGGGAGUUUCCAAAUCCCCAUCAGGGCACGUGCAUUGCUGUUCCCAUCAUCCACCCACACGGAUCCUCAGGAAACCGACCAGCCAGGUGGCCCUGAGGGAGGCAUUCACCUUUAUGUGUUAGAAAACAUGACCAGAAAUCAAAGAUGUCAAGCCCCGAAGCAGCUAAUGUAAUAAGCACUCAUGUUAUUAAAGGUUUUGCCUUGUUGUAACCA